GGCAGGGCAACGGUCGUUGCUUCCAGUCGCGAGGAAUUCGUGAAUGAAAGAAAUCUGCAGACUUCCCUGAAAGCGACGCCACCAACAGCACUCUUGGCUGCUUGGCUGUCAUUGUCCAACAAACCAUCAACCAUGGCGCUCCGAAGACCCCCAACUCGUGUCGACCUCAAGCCCGAAGAUAUUGAUGAAUAUGAAGAGCUCAUGAAUGAGAGAAUGAUGGCAGCCGCCGACUCGUCACAACAAUCUGCUGCAGUAACGCCGGUGAACAACGUGAACGCUCGACAAGCCGCCAAGGACGCCAAGAAAGCUGCGGCAGCGGAACGCAUUGGCGUGACCAACAAUGCGAGACGACGGUGAUGGCGUGGCAUGGUUGGAGACUGCAAACGGUAUCUACCGGUACCGGUACCCAAGAAGAGUAGGGCCAGUGGAUGAAACUGCCGCAAAAUCAGCUAGUGUUUUGCCUGAAUGGAGAAUGGAGGGAGACCAUGGCCCGGUGUUUAUGGAUGCUGCCCAGCUACAAAACACAAAAUCUUUUACGGGGGAGCCUUGAUACUAAUUAUCAAACCAGUAAUUGAUUUGUUUUAGGAAACCAAGAUCACUUUUGCAUCACCAUACGUAAUAGAUCUUGUUUUCUGUCUGUUUGCAAAAG